AUGGAUCCUAGCAGUGAUUACCACUUCCUCAGUGAUGUUCUAGGGAAAACAGUGAAAAUCACACUGAAAUGUGGCGUAUUCCAAGGAGUGUUGCAACAUGUGGAUUCCAACCGAAGUAUCUUUAUAAACAGAGUUAAGAACUUGGAAAAUGGUAGGUGUGUUCCAGGAGUGAAGAUGUUUUUUGGUCAUGAAAUUGUGAAUGUGCAAUUGCUUGAUGAAUCAAAGAAAUGCGAAGCUGAAGGAAUGGAAACUCCUACCAGCAGGGAAAAUCCAGCUACUAGAAUUGCUGCUGAGGACAAAGGAAAGCCACUGAAGCAGAAUACCCAGAGUUCUAAUGCCACUUCCCAAGAGAGGAAGCAGCUGAACCUUUGUCAGUUCAAAUCUACAUAUUCAGAUGAAGACACAGAGGAGGCUAUAGAAUACAUUGUCAUCGAUCAGUUCCAAAGGAAAUUUGGUUCUGCUAUGAUGCACAUCAAAAAGCAAAAUGUUUGUGCUAUAGCAGCAGAGGGUGUCAAUCUGUGUCGUCAUGGAAAACUCUCUUGGCUGCAGGUAGCAACAAAGAGCCAUGUUUUCUUAUUUGACAUUUUCCUUCUGGGAGCUCGAGUGUUCAAGAAUGGCCUCCAAAUGGUACUGGAAGAUACGAACAUUUUGAAAGUUAUCCAUGACUGUCGGUGGCUUUCUGAUUGCCUUUCUCAUCAGUAUGGAAUUAUGCUGUCCAAUGUCUUUGAUACUCAGGUUGCUGAUAUCUUGUCCUUUUCAAUGGAAACAGGUGGCUUCCUUCCACACCGUAUUUGCACUCUACAAGAAUGCAUGAGGCAGCACCUAGAGAUGCCUUACAAACAGGUUUCUUUCAUGACACGAAGGCAGCAUGCAGUUGAAAGAAACCCUGAGGUGUGGUUUGUGAGACCCCUUCCACCUGCAUUGCUGAAUGUGCUGGCUCUAGAAACAUUCUACCUUCUCCCUCUUCGUAUGAUGUUCCUGGAUAAAAUUAUGUCUGACCUAACAACUUUGGUUGAUGGAUACCUAAAUGCAUUUCGAGAAGGCUCUGCAGACCCACUGGGGAGCACAGAGUUCUCUUGCAUGGAGCUGCCACAAGAGCUACGACAGUUGGCAGAUUUUCACAAGCUACGAAGAGAAAAAGCAUUGCAGAAGUUUCAGCAGAAUGAAGAAGGCCUCCUCAUUAGAACACCAGUGGAGACUGUGGCGAAAAAGACAGCAAGAAAGGAGGGAAACCAAAGAGAUAGCACUGGCUUCAUUCCUUUGAAUAGGGCAGCGUUCCUUAUAACAUCUGGUGCCAGUACUGUCCGUUUCUUGGAUCCAGUUGGCCAGGACUACUCUCGAUCGGCAAUUUCCGUCAGCGCCAGGCUCUACCAGUCGAGCAAGGAACAAGUCGAUACAAGAGGGGUCCUUGUGGGUUCUGCGUGGGGGGACGAGCACGGGGCGCGGGCUCAGGGGCUAGGCAGGGCCGCCUGCCAAGCCCGCCAGAAAGUGUUUUGUGGGUUGGGGCUCCGGGCGCCAGGCGGGGGUGCUGAGUUCGAUUAUUCCGGCCUGGCCAUGGCGCCUCUCCUCCCCCCCGCCAUGGCUCCCCGUGUCCCUGCUCCUCUCCUCUCAGUGAGCGAAAGUGGCCGCCGCCGCCGUCCCAGCGCCCGCAGCCGCCGCCUCCUCCUCAACAGCGAUAGCGCGGCCGCCAUCUUGGCGAGGCAGAAGCCGAGAGGCAUCGCGGCAGGACACAGGCAGCGCCAUCGCAGGCGACGCAGCUCAGGGCCGGCCGGAGCGAGCGAGCGGCCAACUCGGGAGUCACCCUCGGCCCGAGUCGCGCCACGCACCCAGGUGAGACGCGGGCCGGGCAGGUGCCGGCGCGGCGGGGACCCUCGGGGGACAGGCCGCCGCUCCCCACCCGCCCACCUUCCCGGCUCCCGCAGCAGCGUCCCCGGUAGCAAGGCCUUUUCUUAA